CUCUGCUGGGCGGUUGAGAAAACUACAUUACCCAGAAAGCAAUGCGCCCGCGCAGGGCGUUUUUGUGCAAGAGCAUGCGGUUAGGGCGGGACUUCCGGAGUCUUCUUCCCGGUGGACAUUUUGACUUUUUCAAACUGUUCGCCGGCUCCCGGGCUUCUGCGCGCCCAUCGGUAGGAGGAGGAGGGGACGGGGAGGCAGCGCCCCGCGGGGCAGGGUGUGUCUGAGCCUGUGGCGCCGCCACCUUCGAUUUUGGGGCGUCCGAGGCUCCCCGACUCCUCUCCGCCGACAGAGGCCCCUCGGCUUCACCCCAUCGGACUCUCCAGCCUCGGGGCGGCGCCGCUCGGGUCCCGCCGCCCAGGGCGCAGCGUCCAGCGCAGGUAUGAGAUAUUUUAGAGACCAGUUCAUGACCAUCUGGGACUCUGAAGAUUAGUUCAAGAUGAUGACUACUUAAAAAAAUAGUUAAGAGUAUGGACCAUGGAGGAGUUGUGGAUUACCUUUUUUUAUUAUUAUUAUUGGAGGUGGAAGAGUAAUUCAAAGAAGGAUAUGGACUUUGAGGACGUGGCCAUUGCCUUCUCUCAGGAGGAGUGGGGGCUCCUCGAUGAGGCUCAGAGACUGCUGUACUGCGAUGUGAUGCUGGAAGUGUUUGCGCUCGUCUCAUCUGUAGGUUGUGGGCAUAAAAUGGAUGAUGUGGAGGCCUGUUCUGAGCAGAGUGUAUCUGUACAAGUGGAGUCACAGGUCAGGGAUUCUGAGACAGAGCCAGCAACCCAGAGGAGCCAUGUGUGUAAGCGGUGUUUCUCUGUGUUAAAAGACAUUCUCCACCUGACUGAGUCACAGGCAGCAUACCUUGAGCAGAAAGCCUUCUUCAGGGACGCAUGUGUGAGAGACUUCUGUUUCAGUGCAAACCCUCACCUGCAACAGAGGGAAGCAGGUGGAGAGAAGCCCUGGAAAGAAGUUGUGCCCAUGGCCUCGUUUGGGACCAGGUGCAGCUUCAACAUAUCAGGGCAGCCUUCAUCCAGUAGGGAGGGUGGGGAAGACUACCCAGCCAUCUCAGAGCAUGUCCAGCACCAGGCCCCUCUCCACACUGAGGAGCCACACAGUCCUAGUAAGAUUUCAGAAGAAUUUCUCGAAAGGACAAGGCAUCACCAAUGGGAUGAUUGUAAUAAAACAGCCAGCCACAACCAGAACCUUGUUCACCAUCAGGGCAUCUGCUCUGGGGAAGAGAAAUAUGAGUGUAAUACACGUGGGGAAGUUCUUACAUGUAUCUUUAACCUCAACAGACAUAGGAGAGUUCACACUGGAGAAAAGUCCUAUGAGUGCACUGACUGUGGGAAGCUGUUCGAUGACAGGUCUACCCUCACUAGACACCGCAGAGUUCACACAGGAGAAAAACGGAAUGAGUGCAGUGAAUGUGGGAGGUCAUUCAGGCAAAAGUACACUCUCACAGAGCACCAGAGAGUUCACACUGGACAAAAGCCAUAUGAGUGUAGUGAUUGUGGGAAGUCAUUCACACGAAAGUUCAUUCUCACAGCGCACCACAGAGUUCACACUGGAGAAAAACCGUAUGAGUGUAGUGAUUGUGGGAAGUCAUUCAGGCAAAAGCCCACUCUCACAUUGCACCAAAGAGUUCACACUGGACAAAAGCCAUAUGAGUGCAGUGAUUGUGGUAAGUCAUUCAGGCAUAAGCCCACUCUCACAGAGCACCAGAGAGUUCACACUGGAGAAAAGCCAUAUGUGUGUAGUGAUUGUGGGAAGUCAUUCAGGCAUAAGUCCACUCUCAAAGAGCACCAGACAGUUCACACUGGAGAAAAACCUUAUAUGUGUAGUGAAUGUGGGAAGUCAUUCGGGUAUAAGUCCAAUUUCACAGUGCACCAGAGAGUUCACACUGGAGAAAAACCUUAUAUGUGUAGUGAAUGUGGGAAGUCAUUCAGGAAAAAAAUCAGGCUUACACAGCACCAGAGAAUUCACACUGGAUAAAAGCUGUAUGAGUGUAGUGAGUGUGGGAAGUCCUUCAGCAGAAGCUCUACUCUCAUUUGACAUCACAGAGUUCACACUGGAAAAGGGCCUCAUGAGUGUAUUGAAUGUGAGAAAUCUUUUCACUAUAAAUCUGUCCUCCUUUAACACUUGAGAGUACACACAGGAGAAAAGCUUUAAAUGUGCAGGGACUUUUCAUUCUCACUCAGAAUAGCAACACUGAAGGAGAAGCAUUUACCUGAAUAGGAUCCCCUUUCAUCAGAACGUACACUCUGCUACAUUCCUCCUAAGUUUCAGGUACAAUUGAGGUUUUCAGAAACUGCAUUGCACCUGCUAACCUACUCAGGCCUAUGCCCUGAUUGAUAUCACUGUGAAUAUUUGUGUACAAAUGAUCUUACGUCUACCAUCUGGCUCACCUGUAUAUUGUGCAUCAGUAGUAAUCCUGGCACAAUCUGGGGUUGUGCUUGAGAAAAUUAUGAAUUUUAUGAAAAUUAGGAAAUUACUCAAAGCUCCUGGGUGGAUCUUCAUUCCUUUAUUUCUGACCAGAGAAUUGACCUGACCCAGGUUUCAUCCAGAGCACCCUCCUCAGCGAAGUGCUUCCUCUUUCAGGGACAUUGUGGGUCUCACAUUGUGCUGAGAGGAAGUGUUUCAGGUUCCAAUUCAUCAAUCUCCAAACCGUGCUGUUCUCUGCUUUGGUUUAUGAUCUUUAUGUGAAGCUGUUUUUCCUUUAAUUUUGUUGGUUCUAGUCUCUCCCUGGGAUGAUUGAAACUAAAGUUGUGAUGUGUCAGCAUGGACACGUGAACGGAUAUGGUGGGUCCUAAACUUUCUGUGCUUUGUAAGGCACAGCUUGAUGGCAGAAAAUCACUCUUUCUCCAAUAGUGGCUGAUUUUACAUUGCUGAGCAAGGCCUUGAGAGAGAGUGUGCAUGACUUUAUGGUUCUAAUUUGCUGUCUGUUGCCUCUUAUAUAGUAGAGCCAAUGGUCACCCUGAACAGGCAGCCUUUAUUGUGCUUCUGUGAAUGAUUUGAAGUAUAUCCUCUGUUCACAGUAUGUAUUACACAAGUGUCAGCAAUGUUCAGGGGAAGUACUCUCCAUGUGCUCCAAAGAGGCCAUGUGUCACAAUGUAUGAGAUUUCAUAGGCUGGUGUCAUUUGCUCUAAGACUCUGAGGUGGAAUUAGUUUGCGAGAUAAACACUGUUUUGCUAUUCGUGGCAGACACUGCAGUUAAACUGGUUAAAAAGUGUCUCUUUUGAACAUAAAUCCAAAUUAUUUCAGGUCCUGUGGCUUGUAUGAUCUUUGAGACCAUUCUGAGGACCUCCAUCACUAUUUCCUGUGGCUGGCGUCCCUGGCAGACAAAAGAAUCUCAUGGUUGUGUGGAUUCCCCUUGCCCCCUAGGGUAUUCACAUCAAGUUGUUGCUCAACAGGCAGGAACUCACAGCUAGAGGAAGGAUAAUGCUGUAGUCAGUCCCAGGAUGUGUCUUUUGUAACCAGUCAGCAUUCCUGUUGAUUCCAGUGACCAUAGUCUUCCCUACUUGACAACAUUUGCUGCCACUGAGGCCAGUCUCGUCCUCCCAGGAAAUGAGAACUGACAUGCAACAAAGUGCACCUUUCUCAGGUGUGCAAUUGGGUGAGCCCUGACCUAGAGAUAAAGCUGUGAAACUAACAUGUGAAGUAAACUCACCUGUAACUCAUACACAGGGUGGGGCAACCAUAGGCUCACAGUUGAAAGUUCAGAAAACACAGAGAUUAUUCUUUUAAAAAAUAUUUUAGAAAAUAAUUUUAUUCUUUUUGGGGGGGAGAGAGAGUAAGAGACUGAAGAGAAAGGUAAACAUAGAUCUGUUGCCUCCUGCAUGCGCCCUACUGGGGAUCCAUUGGGAGAUGUGCACUGACCUGGAAUCAAACCAGAGACCUUUCAGUGAAUGGGGUCACACCCAAU